GGCUACAUCUGGAUCGGUUCCUCCUUCAUCCUCGCCCAUACAGCCAGCACACCCACCUCGGGCGCAGUCUCUAACACAUUUAGCCGCAAGCCCAUCAUACUCUUGUCGCAGGCUAUAUUCUUCUUUACCAGCCUGCUCUGUGCCCUAGCACCGAAUAUACACUCGUUAAUCAUCGGGAGAGCGUGGCAAGGUGUCGGCGCGAGCGGGAUAGGGAUGAUAGUGAAUGUCAUCAUUUAUGACUCGUUCAGCUUGAGGGACAGGGGGUUAUAUCUUGCGGUAACUAGCGGGGUGUGGGCGUUGGGGAUCAGUUUUCUCUCUUCGUUAUCAAAAAAACGGGAAUCUAAUAAGCCCACAGUUCCCAUCGGCCUGCUGGUGUUCCUCACCAUCCUCUUCUUCCUUCCCCUUUCAUCACCGCCCAAGACCCCCACCAUGACGGGACUCAAAGCCCUCGACUGGUCCGGAUCCCUUCUAACUAUCGGUAGCGCCCUCAUGAUCCUUCUCGCCCUCGACUUUGGAAAUGUAGUCCUGGCCUGGUCCUCACUUACAGUCAUCAACCUCAUCGUCUUUGGCGUCCUGAGUCUGCUCCUCUUCUUUAUCAAUGAGUGGAAGUUGGCACCCAAUCCCAUAUUCCCCGCAAGGCUAUUCCCCAAUCUCUCCACCAUCGCUGCGUACGGCGUUUUUUCCUUCGACUCGUUCGUCUUCAUCGGACUGGCCUACUACCUCCCCCUCUACUCCCAGUCUGUCCUCGGAGCCAACGCGCUAACAUCAGGAGUCCACCUUGUCCCAUUGAUCGUGUCAUGCUCGCUGUCGGCGGCUUUUACUGGCGUGGCUAUCCAGAAGACGGGGAGGUAUCUCCCUGUCAUGUACGCCGCGCAAGUGUUCCUCAUGAUUGGGGUUGGAUUAUUCGUCAGUCUCGACUUUGAAGAGCGAGACAACCUCGGGAAGUUGUUCGGGUACGAGAUUUUGGCUGGGGUGGGGGUGGGUUUGAACAUCAAGGGCCCGAUUCUGGCUGCUCAGGCGGCAGCGAGCGAGCUGGAUACGGCGGCGGUGAUUGCGGCGAUGGGGUUUGCGAGGUCGAUGGCGACUGCGGUGUCGGUUGUCGUGGGAGGUGUUAUUUUUCAGAAUGGGAUGGAUGGGAGGAACGGUGGGUUGGUUGAGAAAUUGGGAGAGGACAUCGCGGGUUGGUUUAGGGGUGGAGAGGCGGCUGGGAGUAUUGAGAGGAUUGGGCUGCAUGUCGAGGAAGAACAGAUGGUUGUGAGGGCCGCGUAUUUUGAGUCGCUGAGGUUGGUUUGGAUUAUGGUGGGUCUAUCUUUGGGUAUUGAUGUCGCGUUUGCUGGCCUUGCCACCGUUCUCACUUUGCUGGUUCGAGGGCAAAGGUUGAGCCAGGAACACAAGGAGGUGGUGUUGGGAGUGGAAAGAAGUCGUGGAACACAGGCACAGCCUGGGGUAGAACUGGAGUCUGUGCCCGAAGGCAGACCAGGUGAGAGAAAUGUGGUGGAAAUCAGGCAGAUGAACUUGCGGGUAUCGGAUGAGUGA